GCUGGGCAGGGCAGAGUGAGGUGCCUGCACCAUGUCGCGGCUGCCCGGCACCCGGGCCCUGCCCAGGGCGCUGCUGCUGCUCCUGGUGGGCUUCCAGCUGCUGCCGACUCCUGCCUGGUGUUCUGAAGGGGAAAGCAAGGAGAGUAAGAAAAGUGCCAUCUCUCCUUACGUCGCCGCCACAGUGGAGUUUGCGCUGCACGAGUUCAACCAGCACAGCGGGGACGACCGCGCCUACAGGCUGGUGCGCAUCCUGAGUAUCUGGAGAGCUAAGGAGCAUGACGAGAUGGUUAUCUCCAUGAACCUGCAGCUGCGUAGAACCAUCUGUAGGAAAUCGGAGGAAGACAUUGAAAACUGCCCCUUUGAAGAAAAUCCAGGAUGGAACAAUACCUCUACCUGCUUCUUCACCGUCUACACUGAACCCUGGCACACCAAGUUUAAUCUCCUGGACCAGACCUGUUCGAAGGCUCCUUGAUUGGCUUCCACCUGCAGGUGCCACCUGUUGCUCACCCCUGCAUGGACCCCAGCGAGUUCCUCAAGGUGGCUCUCCAUCGGCAGAACAGUGUAUAUCUAUUCAUUCUUACUUUCCAGGGGUCAGGGGUUUAAAAAAUUCUUCAUUGUCCUCAUAAUCAUUUGGAAUAGAUGAUUAAAAACGAGCAAUU